AUGACCCGGCUGGUCAGGGCGAUGUUUAAUGCACGCAAGACCACGGUCGAUCACCAGCUCCGGGAACAACAAGAUUCAAUUAAGGGACACGAGAUACCCCGAGGUCCCGAACAAAAUAGUCAUGGAUAUAAAGAAGGAACUGCUGACUUCGAAAAGGCCAUUAAACUAUGCGGAUACGGAAGGUUUCAUUAUGGUUUCCUACUUCUCUGUGGCGCGAUGUUUCUCUGCGUUGGAUGUCAGAACGGCAUAAACGCGUACAUUUUACCGUCCGCAGAAUGUGAUCUCAAACUGUCCUCCGAACAAAAAGGACUUUUGAAUGUCUCCUUCCUCGUGGGCGGAGUUAUCAGCGCCCUUUUCUGGGGAGUAUUCGCGGACGCCUAUGGCAGAAGAUACAUUCUCCUCUUAACUAUGAUGUGCGACAGCAUUUUGGCGAUCUGUGGAAGUCUGUCGCAAAGCUUCAAAGUUCUAUUAAUCUUUCGAGCCCUUAGUGGGUUUUUCAUUGGAGCUCCUGGCUCGUUGAUUUACUCAUACCUCGGUGAAUUCCACGCGGAGAAACAGAGGGUGAAGACUAUCUGUUACGUUGGAUUUUUCUGGACUCUUUCCUGGUUAAUUUUACCUGGGCUAGCUUGGAUAAUCAUACCAUUGCCGAUAACUCUUCAAUUUCACGGUAUUUUGUACAAUUCUUGGCGGCUAUUCUUGGCUAUUAUCGGAGUUCCAACGUUAGUGGUCACUCUUAUAGCCACCAGAUAUCCAGAGAGCCCUAAAUUCUUGGUCUCUCAAGGUAAAACCGAGGAGGCGUUGGCGAUUUUACGAAAAAUCUACGCAAUAAAUACAGGAAACCACGAGGACGACUACCCCGUGAAAGUUUUAUUGCCCGAUGAGACAGUAAAUCUUAAUCGCAAUAAGACAGACUUUUCUGGAUCGGGAGUACUAAAGGAAUUGCUGAAAAAGAUUUGGCAACAGAUGCGUUGCCUUGCGUCACCGCCACUUUUGAAAUACGCGCUUCUCAGUUGGGCCAUUUAUUUCACAAAUAUGUUCGGGUAUUACGGUUUCGGUUUAUGGUUACCAGAACUGUUUAAUCGGUUCGAAAACUAUCAACACUUGCAUCCUAAUCGUACCGUAAGCGUCUGCAGACUGAUGCACGAAAGCGAUUCCCAAGCUUCACCGAACAAUAUUCUAGUCGAUUCAUCGAGCGUCGUGGACGAGAUGGUCUUCAUUAACUCGCUGACUAUCAACGCAUUCUGCUUGCUCGGGAAUAUUGGGUCUGGUUACCUGGCGAACCGUGUUGGUCGACGAACGAUGCCAGUGACAACCAUGCUGUUGGCGGGCGUGUUCGGUUUCGCGAUCUACUUCGUCAAGUCCUCCCUGCAAAUACUGAUGGUGACCUGCGUGUUCUCGUUGAUGAUCGUCACCGCGAAUUUCGUAAUCGGGAGCAUCGUGGUCGACAUAUUCCCGACGCACGUGGGCGCGGUCGCGAUUUGUAUGAUGACCUUCUUCGGCCGUGUCGGAGCGAUCGCCAGCAAUUUGGCUUUCGGAAUGUUGCUCGACAUCAGCUGCGAAGUACCAAUUUUCUUGGUCGGCAGUUUAGUGAUCCUUGGGGGAUUGUUAGCACUAAUGCUUCCAAGGAAAAAGAGCUGAACAAUAAUCGUUGUGAACAGCAGAGAGAAUGCUGUGCUUAUUGCAAUGUGUCAUCAGAAUUUGAUGGUCGAACAUUCCAUAUCAUUA